ACUGCCCCAGCCGGGGAAACCGAAAGCGAAGCGGCUCGUCCCACUCGCCGGCGGCCGGCCGGGUGCACGCGAGCCGGGAGCCCAGCCCCGGAGCCGGGGGCCGCGGGCGCCGCAGGGUCGCGGGUGUCGAGGCCGCCGCAGCCGCGGCCCCUCCCUGGUUCCGCGCGGUCGCGGGCGGGCGGGCCCGGGAGCGGCGCGCGGGAUGGGCAGGUGCUGCUUCUACACCGUCGGGACGCUGUCCCUGCUCCUGCUGGUGACCAGCGUCACGCUGCUGGUGGCCCGGGUCUUCCAGAAGGCCGUGGACCAGACGAUCGAGAAGAAUAUUGUGUUAAGGAAUGGUUCCGAGACUUUUGACUCCUGGAAGAAGCCCCCUCUGCCUGUGUAUGCCCAGUUCUAUUUCUUCAACGUCACCAAUCCAGAGGAGAUCCUCAGAGGGGAGAUCCCUCGGUUAGAAGAAGUGGGUCCGUAUACCUACAGGGAACUUAGACACAAAGCAGAUAUUCAAUUUGGAGAUAAUGGAACAACGAUUUCUGCCGUUAGCAACAAGGCCUACGUUUUUGAACGAAAUCAAUCUGUUGGAGACCCUAAAGUUGACUUAAUUAGAACAUUAAAUAUUCCUGCGGUGACUGCCAUGGAGUGGGCGCAGCUCCGCUUCCUGCGGGAGCUCAUCGAGGCCCUGCUGAAGGCCUACCAGCAGACGCUCUUCGUGACCCGCACCGUGCACGAGCUGCUCUGGGGCUACAAAGACGAGAUCUUGUCCCUCAUCAACGUCUUCAAGCCCGAGAUCUCGCCCUAUUUUGGCCUGUACUAUGGGAAAAAUGGGACUAAUGAUGGAGACUAUGUUUUUCUAACCGGAGAAGACAAUUACCUCAACUUUUCAAAGAUUGUGGAAUGGAAUGGAAAAACAUCCCUUGACUGGUGGACAACAGACAGAUGUAAUAUGAUCAAUGGAACGGAUGGAGAUUCUUUUCACCCCUUGAUAGACAAAGAGGAAAUUCUUUAUGUCUUCCCAUCUGAAUUUUGCAGAUCAGUGUACAUAACUUUCAGUGACUUCGAGAGUGUGCGGGGACUGCCUGCCUUCCGCUAUAAGGUGCCUGGAGAGAUACUAGCCAACAGCUCGGACAAUGCCGGCUUCUGUGUGCCCAAAGGAAACUGCCUGGGCUCGGGGGUUCUGAACAUCAGCAUCUGCAAAAACGGUGCACCUAUUAUUAUAUCUUUCCCACACUUCUACGAAGCAGACCAGCAGUUCGUUUCCGCCAUAGACGGCAUGCAUCCCAAUAAGGACGAUCAUGAGACAUUUGUGGACAUAAAUCCUUUGACUGGUAUUAUUCUAAGAGCCGCGAAGAGGUUCCAGAUCAACGUUUACGUCAAGAAGUUAGAAGACUUUGCUGAAACGGGAAACAUUAGAACCCUGGUUUUCCCAGUGAUGUAUAUCAAUGAGAGUGUUCUCAUUGAUAAAGAGACUGCAAGUCGACUGAAGUCUAUGAUUAACACCACUUUGAUCGUCACCAACAUACCCUACAUCGUCAUGGCGCUGGGCGUGUUCUUUGGUUUGAUCUUCAUCUGGCUUGCGUGCAGAGGACAGGGGUCCAUGGAUGAGGGAACCGCAGACGAAAGGGCACCCCUCAUACAAACCUAACCGUGGCCCGAGCUGGGCGCAGGAGCCCUGUGAGCUGUCCUGACCCGGACCAUCCACGUCUACAGGGCAUGUGGCCUGUCCCAGAGAGGAGGGAGGAGACCCCGCGCUGGCGAGUGAGGAGAGCGUCCCGGCGGGAGGUUAAACGACUGACUGACUCGGCUGGCCGUCAGGCUUUAUAAAAUUGUUUGUUUUCCAUGUGUCUGGCAGGUAUUUAAUAAACUCUUGUAUAGUGAUUUUUUUUUUUAAUUGGGUGCUGGUAGCUCCAGAACUGUGUGACCACUGUCGUGGUUAAAAUGUGUCCGCGUGGCUUGUUAACGUCCCUCUGUCUAACCUUCUUCAGUGUGUUUCAGUCACCAACUUUGUGCUUGAAAUAUAUAAAGACGAUUUUCCGUUGUA